AUGCAAAUAGGACCAGGGACCUUUGUAGUGCGCUUUCCUAAUCCUCGAGCAGUGGCCCAAAUUUGCUAUGUGGGGAAAAUCACUCUUAAAACUAGCGGGGCUGUUAUUCAUGUUACUAAAUGGUCAUCUGCUGUUGGGGCUAAAGGGGUUAUGGAAAUAGCUUGGGUCAAAAUUAGCAAUAUCCCUCUGGACAAAAGGAGUAAUAGGAAUCUGGCUUAUGUUGCCUCGCUGGUGGAUGUUCCUUUGGAAGUAGAUGCUGCUACCUUGCACCGUCCGGCAUCUGUCGGGGUCCGGAUUGGUUGUAGAAAUGUGGAGGAGAUUCCUGCAGUCGCAGAGCCUGUGCUUGGUGAUCAUUUUUAUGAUUUCUUUUAUGAAGUGGAUCAGAUUCUGGUGAGGGAUCCUAAUAGAGAGAAAAAAGUUGUUCAAGCUUCCUCUAAUCCUCGUGAAAAAAAUAUGGAGAUGAAAAAUUCCUUGUUGUCGACUCCUGGAGCUAACCUGGGUAGUUUUUCCACUGGGCUUGGAGGGAAAUCUCCCUGCAUUCCCAGGGGGAAAAUAGGACCCUAUUCGGGAGUCACAGGAGAGUGUGGAAUCUGA